UAUGACAUGGCUAUGACAUUAUUAAUCUCUAUGAUUACUUACUAUUUCAUAAAAUACCAAUACAAAAAUAUUCUAUAUCACCGAUAGAUAGGUGAAUAAUAAUAUUUUCUUUAUUGUUUCUUUGAAAAGUUAAAUACAUGGCAACAGUAUCUAAUAAAUUCUCCAAUUAUUUCUUGCGUUUCAGGACGAUGCUUUUCCAUGAAUUAAGCCAUGCCUAUAAACCCAAAUUGAAUCAAAGUAAAGAUGAAUUGUAUGAAUUAAUUAGAGAAAAAUCCGCAAAGGCAUUGCAAUCAGAAUUAGCAAGGAAACUGCGCGUUGCUAAAGAUUAUUAUAAAUUGGAAAUGUCGCCUCCAAGAAUGGAUGAAAUGAAGAGACUACAAGAAGAUCUAGCCCUGACUAAAGCGUUCAUAAAAAACAACUGUUACAAAAAUCUUACUGUGCGGCAGGCUUGGUUGCUGUUUUUAAUUGGAACAGAGGUCGGUCUGUGGUUUUUCCUGGGAGAAACGAUCGGGAAAAUGCAUCUUGUUGGUUAUAAAGUUUAAACAAUGGAGCGGUAUUUUUCCGUAAAGAUCAUUGCAAAAAGAAGCAUUUAAAGGACGAAGAAUUCUUUUAUUUCCCUGUGCACAUUAAAUUGAAUUUGCUAUGAA